AGACUAUCAGGCCAAUUCUGUUUAGCUAUAGCAAUAUUGUUACUUGUUAUUAUGAAGAGAUCUUGCUAUGAUUUAACAAUGUUUGCGAUUGUCCUAUUCUGUUCAAUAUAUUUUAGCCAGAUGAUCUGUCAUUUUGAAUAGUUCUUGUUUUUCGAUCUUGUUAUCUCGGCAAAUAGUAUUUAAGUACUUGCUAUCAAUGUAACAACAUUGUUAUGGCAGAAAAAUGGCCGUCAAUCCGGUUUUUGUGAAUUUUGAUGUAAACUUUCGCCAUACAUUUGAAAACGUUCUAGUUAGGUAAGAGGAUUAACAUACAGUUUUUUAUUUGUGUAACUUCAUGACCAACAAACAUUGCAGUCGAAGUUUACGCUUGCACUUCCGAAAUAUCAGAGACGCAAGUAAUCCGUUUGAAAUUGCUGAAGACAAGUUCAAAAAAUUGUUUCGUCUGAAUAAAGUAGCAGCAACGGAUCUAAUUACUCAGCUACAAGGAUACGUUGAUGAACCUACCAGAAGAGACACAGUACCUUUUCAUCUGCAGGUCUUUUCAAGUUUAUUAUUUUAUGCCCAUGGCGGUUAUCAAACAACCGUAGGACACGACUUUAAUAUCGGAAUCAGCCAACCUGUAAUGAGCAGACUUAUAAACAAAAUAAGCAGACUAAUUGCAUUACAUUUGUCACCUCGAUAUAUACGUAUCAGGUUUCCAACAACUUCAGAAGAAGUUAGGAGAGUCAAAGACGGAUUUUUAGAGAAUCAUCAAUUCCCAAAUGUUGUAGGCGUUAUCGAUUGUACACAUAUUGCGAUAGUGCCACCCAAAACAGAUGAUCCUAUUAAUCCAUCAGUAGCAUAA